AGAGGAAUUCCGUCGCUUCCGGAAGUGCAGAGUCCACGAGCUGCAGCUCAGGCUCUAGGUGACACCUUCGUAUCUGGUGGUGUUUGGGAGCCAUGGCCGAGCCUGCGGAGCGGAUCCGGCGGGAGUUCGCCCCCCAGGCCGAAGUAGAGGAGGCGGCCCGGGCCAUGGAAGUCUUCGCAAAGACACACGGCUCGGAGGGGCGCAGGGUGGUUCUGAUCACCUCGGGUGGCACUAAGGUGCCCCUGGAGUCCCGCACAGUGCGCUUCCUAGAUAACUUCAGCAGCGGGCGGAGGGGAGCCGCCUCGGCAGAGUAUUUCCUGCAGGCCGGCUACGCCGUCAUCUUCCUGCACCGCCACCGCUCCAUGUACCCGUACAGCCGCCGCUACACCGCGGUUAACUGGUUGGACGCCCUGCAAAUAGUCCCCGCCCCUCAGACUGACUCCGCCCUCACGGAACCUAAGCUUAAGGUUGAAGCUGACCAGACCAAUCUACCAGGAAUAGUCGGGGUGCUAAAGGAUUACCAGAGCAUAAAGGGCUCAGGCAGGCUGCUUCCCGUGGAGUUUAACACCCUGUCUGACUACCUGCACCUCCUGCUGGCAGCAGCAAAGGCCCUCAGCCCCUUAGGGGCAAAUGCCAUGUUUUAUUUGGCAGCCGCAGUUUCAGACUUCUACAUACCAGCUUCAGAAAUGCCAGAACAUAAGAUCCAGUCCUCCAGUGGGCCCUUACAGAUAACAAUGAAGAUGGUGCCAAAAAUGCUGUCUCCUUUGGUGAAGGACUGGGCCCCCAAAGCAUUUGUCAUUUCGUUCAAACUGGAGACGGACCCCUCGAUCUUAAUAGAGCGAGCGCGGAAGGCUCUGGAGACGUAUCGCCACCAGGUGGUCGUGGCCAACGUCCUGGACACUCGCCGAUCGUAUGUCGUGGUCGUAACGGACGUCUCCGAGAGUAAACUCUCCGUCUCGGACGACGAGGAGACACGAGGAGUGGAGAUCGAGCACAAAAUAGUAGACGAUUUAACCUCCCGGCACUCGAGUUUCAUAGAGGGUCUGCAGUAAGAGGCAGUGGCCCCCUAGAGCCCCAUGUUAUUAAAGGGGGUGCUGUUAAUCUGCCGGUUACUGUCUCCCGCCCUGAACUGCCCCGUCCUAUGUAUGAUAGAAAUAUUUAUACAAACUAGAUGUCAAGCCUUUUUGUGAUGAGACUAGUCUGUCGAAUACUUAACAGUUGUAUGUCGGGACAUUAUAAAUAAAGCUAUCCAUAGCAGAUGACUUUUUACGUUAA